AUGAUUAUCUACAAGGACAUCAUCUCCGGUGACGAGCUUCUCGCCGACACCUUCAAGAUCAACGAGGUCGACGGUGUCCUCUGGGAGGCUGACUGCCGCAAGUACACCAAGAACAAGAACGAGAACUUCGAGCUCGAGGGUGCCAACCCCUCUGCUGAGGACGAGGAGGAGGAUGCCGGUGGUGAGGGCGAGCAGGUCAUGGUCCACGACAUCGAGGACCAGUUCCGUCUCGUCUGGCUCAAGACCGAGGAGGGCAUGAAGCCCUCCAAGGACGACUACAAGUCUCACCUGAAGUCCUACAUCAAGAAGGUCAACAACAAGCUCAAGGAGAACGGUGCCUCCGAGGAGACCAUCAAGCAGUUCCAGAGCGGUGCUGCCGGUGCCAUGAAGAAGAUCCUUGCCAACUACGACAACUACGAUGUCCUGAUGGGCUCCUCUAUGGACGGUAGUGCUAUGCACGUCCUGAUUGACUUCCGUGAGGACGGUGUCACCCCCUACGCCACCCUCUGGAAGCACGGUCUCACCGAGUACAAGGUCUAG